AUGUCGAACGAUGCACGGAGCCUGCCCCAGGGCACAGCCAGCGCUUCACACAUGAUGAAGGUAACGAAGCGUGGGCGACCGUUCCUCAAGGACACACUCGACCUCUUUGCCACGCUCAUUGUGUCGCUCGACCUUGUUACGCACAAGCAGUUCUUCAAGAGCUUUCCCUAUUCAUUUACGACCGACGAAGCCGCCCAGAACCUCGCCUCGCUCAAAUUCUCCCAGUCCAAUCGAGGCCCGGACCCGAGAGACCCCUCGCGGAUCGUGACAACGACGACGACAACGACAUUCAGCAUGACCCGCGAGAUGGCCAAGGCCAUGUCACAGCACUUUAUGGAUGCCCGUCUUAUCGAAAACGCCGCGGACCGCACCUCGAAUCUCUUCAAGGAGCGUGGGGUCUAUGUGGUCACCCCCAAGGGUCUCCAUGUCCUCGAGCGAUUUAUAAUCAAGAACGGCAUCAAUGGCGACAAUCUCGUCGGUGUAUUCGAGAGCCAGCCUGUCUGCAUGAAGCUUCUCCAUCUCGAGCGACGUCCAAUCGACGAUGAAAUCAUCAUUUCGCAGCCCGUGAUCACCGCUCUCUUCCGUCGCUUUGUCGGCCGUCAGCCUAAUUACAUGCCCGACGUGGCCCCUGGCCAGAUGGACCCCACUACCGAGUACAACGAGCGUGCCAAGGGCAUGCCCCUCAUCGAUGUCCAAGAGCGUCUUCCACAGAUGAUCGGCAAGGCUCCGCUCCAAACAUACAAGCACUGCUUCCCUGCCAUUUCUGCUCUCGAGUGGCUCUGCGACUUUACUUCUAUCGUCGGCCGAGACGAGGCCGCAGAGAUGGCUGCCCAUUUUGUCCGAUUCGGUUUCAUCCAGCUUGUCAGCGACAAGCGCAAGACGAGCGACUCGGCUGUCAUAUUCACGGUACGAGGUUCCGCCAAUACGCCCGGCACUGCGACUCAAGGUGAAUUCCGAUGCACCGCCAAGGCCAUCUAUCGCAUCACCGACGAAGGUCGCCGCGUCGCCCGAUGGGACCAUCCUAUCCGCAGCAUCGGCUCUGGAUCACGCGGAUCUCCCAACGCAUCCCAGACGAAUCUCCACGCCGAACGUCCCUCGACCGACGGCAGUCACGAAGGCAUCGUCAGCGAAAUUACUUACGGACCUGGCGCAGGGCCACAGGGCCCCGAGACCCUCGCUACCGCAACCGAGGCCAAGAUCCAGCGCAGGGCGUCCUUAGCAGAAAAGCUUCGUGAAGGAUAUCAGGCCAAUCCCGAUCGCAUCCGCAACGAGACCAGUGCUGAGCGCCUCAAGCGUGUCCUCGAGGAGCCCGCUCUCCGCGCCUUGUUCCGCGAAUUUUUGCGCGGUAAUUUCUGCGAGGAGAAUCUCUCGUUUUGGCUCGAAGUUCAGGAUCUCAAGCGUAGGUUCACCACUACUUCUACCGCUGCUGCGGCCACCCACCCGAUGCACGGUGCGACUUCCCCUCCUUCGCGCCCCGGCACGGCCAAGACGCCCACCCCUGGCCAGCAAGCAAUGGAAAAGCACCACGAGGCCCUGGUCCAAUUUACAUUCCUCAUUUACAAUACGUAUUUGGCGCCCCAGAGCCAGUGUGAGCUCAACAUUGACCAUGCGCUCCGGAACGAACUGUACGCUUACGUUGAAGACGUCUUUGCCGACAAUGGCUUCCCUCGUUCUGGGCCGGGCAACGUCGGUCCCAAAGAAGCCGCUUCGUUCAACGCGACCCAACUCCAGAACCUCAUCAAGCUCUACGAGCGGAUCCAGUUGCAUGUGUUCAGACUAAUGGCAACCGAUUCAUUACCCAAGUUUAUCAAGACUCCACGAUUCAAGGACCUUGCGAGCUGGGUAGAGGAAGUCGAGUCGGCUGAGAACGAGACAAUCGCGUCGAUGGAGGCUCUCUCGAUAAGCGGUCCGGCCGUACCACCCGGUCUAGACUCGGGCGAACAGCAAGAGGUCGGACGGGCAUAUAUGACUUUUUCGGCACAUGCGGGGGAGAAGGCGGGCCCUAAACCCCUUGGACAGGGCAUCGCCCAUCAUGCACCGAAACACGACAGGAACGCAUAA